AUGAGUGCAAAAUCAUCAAGUCGUACAACAGGACAACAAUCGGCAGCACCGUCAUCGCGACCAAGUACACGAACGCCUAAACCACAAACAGAUUAUGCAGAUCAAGAAGAAGAAUAUAAACGAUUAAAUGCACAACUUGAAGCAAAAACACAAGCACUUGUUGAAGAAGCUGAUCAAGUAUUGAGAAAUCAAGAUCGAUUACUCUCAGCAGAUACACAUGAUCGGAAUUACAGUUUACUUGAUCAAGUCGAUACAGAUGAACAAUUAUUUAGAGAUAUGCAGAGUGCUGCAUUGAAACCAACUGAUGUUAGAAGAGGACAUACUCCAUCAUCACAACAACAACAAAAUUUAUCGGCACGAAGUAGAAAACCAUCCAUUACAAAACUUCAAUCAAGAACUGGAAAUGAAGUUGCUCUUGUUAGUGAUGAUCGAUAUGAUCAAUCAAUUGAUCGUACAGUUAUACAAGAUAAAGCUCGAAGUACAUUCGAUAAAGCCGUGGCUGAUAUCGAAACAAAAAUGAAUCGAACUAAAAUGAGUGCCAAUACAAAUGUUAUGGAUCUUGAUGAAGAUGAUAUUUUCCCUGGAGCUGCAAAAGAUAUGGGUUCUGAGGCUAAAAUUCGUUUCCUCAAAGCACGUCUUCGUGUUAUGCAAGAAGAACUUGAAAGAAUGCAGACAGAAUGUACGAGACGUGAAGAAGAAAAUGAACGUGUAAAUUUAAAAGUAAAAGAAUCUGAUGAUGAUCGAACACGUCUUAAUCGUGUUAUAACAACAUUACAAGAUCAAUUAGAAAAAUAUAAAAAAAUGAGUAGUGAUACAAAAUCUAAACUUGAUACAACUGAAGUUGAACUUAAUUCAUUACGAAAAGAAUAUGAUCAAACAAAACGUCAAACAAAAAAACAACAACAAGAUCAAACACAAACAGAUACAAAAUUAAAUCGUGCUUUAGAAGAAGCUGAAAGAUAUAAACAACAAUUAAAUAAAAUGCAACAAACAACAAAAGAUGCAAGUGAACAGGAUAAAAAGAAAAUUGAACAAUUAACUAAUGAAAAUCGUCGACUGGAAAAACAACGGUUAGAAUUAAUGAAUGCGUUUAAAAGACAAUUAAAAUUAAUUGAUAUACUUAAAAAACAAAAACUUCAUUUGGAAGCAUCAAAAAUGCUUCAAUUUGCUGAAGAAGAAUUCUGUAAAGCAAUUGAAUGGAAUACUUCAUAG